UUUGUUGUGUGAAAUUAAAAUAUUUGAACGAAUGUACAAGUCUAAAAGGAGGAAGUCGUAAUGAAAUGUAGUUUACUUGACUACAGCUAUUAUUAGUGAUUUGAAUUGAACAUGAACGUGUAAAUAUUUGCGCCACCAGCACAUAGAGAGCAACGAGCAGAGCAAUCGCCGUGCGUAAUAAGAUAAAUACAAUUUAAAGGAUAGAUUGAAACCUACUGCAUCGUGGCCAAAAUGGGAGAGGUUAAAUCCGUUAAGGUGGAUAACUGGGGAGUCUUCUUUCUGCAGAAGCUGCAGAAUUUCUUCAACAAAACUGACUAUUGUGACUUAACGCUCCAGUUUCGUGACAAUUCACAAUUAAAAGUGCAUCGCCUGGUGUUGAGUGCUUGCACGGACUACUUUAAUGUGCUGGAGCAAACCUGUGAAAUGGUCGACGAUGCACUUAUAAUGCCAAACGAAUUCCAGGCGGAUGUGGUGGUGCCCAUUGUCAAUUUUAUGUACACGGGCACCCUGGAGUUCGAGUUGAAAAUGUAUGGCAAACUGUUGCGCACAGCCAAGGAGAUGAACAUGACAGUGUUAUUAAAACUACUAGAGGCACAUCGCCGCACAAUGGAAAAUGUGAAUCGGCAGCAAAGACCCCCCAGUCCUAAGGGUGUACGUCGUCGUCCAGUUGGGCCAGUCACCAAUGUACCACAGCAACGCGUCACCUCACCUCAGAGCCGCACACCACUUUACACCACUGGUACUGUGGUUUCGACCACAAUUCGUCGCACCGAGCCGAGUACACAACGUCCGGUACCCAAGUCCGUAACACCUUUAAUGCGCACGGGUGGCGUUAAUAAUCGGACUCAGUACAUAACCACGAGCACGGAAACGUCGCCAGCUACUAUGAAACAGGAAGCGCAGCCGACAUCGCCGUUUGAGCAGCUACGCAAAGGUUACAACAAUAACAAGAGACCCGCGCAAACCAGCCUACUAUCGCCCCCAUCUAAAAAGCCAAGUCUGGAGGAUGUCAAAGAGUUUGCCGAGCAGCAACGAAUGCGAAAGCAAAUUGCCGCAGAAUAUGGUGACAAUGAUCAGGAGUACGAUGGCAUGAUGUUGUAUGAUGAUGUACAUGCCGGCGAUGAUGACGAUGAUGAUUUGCCCCCGCAGCCAUCCACGUCGAAGCAACAACCGCAACAGCAACAUCAAACGCAGGUCACUGCACAAUCUGGAACACAAACCACACAAAUGGAGCACGGCACUACCACAAUUAUACUCAAACAAGAAUCACCCAGCCAAACACCCACAAUCAUUGUCAAGGAUUCAUCAAACACGAAAUUAAAUCAUACAAAAAUUAUAGCGGAGGUACUGCGCCAAUAUCCACACAUUGUUAAGGGCCAUAAAAACAUUAAACUAAAGAUCAUGCCGAAUACGCCGGCGAGCCCUGAAAAACAAACGCCUGCACCACGUAACUCGCCGGCACCGGCAGUCGCUCAACAGUCAACGUCACCGCAUAAGAAGCUUCACGUGUCUUUUAAGUCGGACAAAACGACGCCAAUGAUAACACCGACGCAAAAGACGAUCUUACGUGAAACAACCAUACAGAAACUGCCCACUCAAAAUUCACAGCAAACGGCAGCGGCGGCGACGGCAUCUACAAGCUCCUCGGCCUCUGCAGCCGAAUCGACGCCCCAAAAACGACGAAUCGAUAGUAAAACGAUGCAUGCGCUGAUUGCCUUGGGUGCUGAAAACACCACAGGACCUUGGCUCUGCUUGCGUUGCGGCGUCAAUGGGCGCCCGAUCAGCAUUCCAUCAUAUCGUGGAUUCCGCCGACAUUUGAUGAACACACAUAAAGAAACCAUCGAUACAGCACUUUGUGAGCACUGCGGCUGGCGUUCAAGCAACAAUCGAGAGCUGCAUUUCCACAUGUACUCGGAGCACCAGAUCAAAUCAAUGCUCUACAAUUUUAAUGAGUGCGCGCUGUGCAAUCAGUCUUAUAUGACAAAAGCUGAGCUGGACAGUCACAUUAAUGAAGCACAUACAGACGAUAAUAAACAGCAGUGCAUUUAUUGCAACAAGGUGUUCGAUCAGGAGAUACAAUUGUAUCGGCACAUGAAGAGUUCCCACAAGACCCAGGCUCUAGAGGAUGGCAUUAUCGAUGAGACAGAUGAGGAGUAUCUUGUUUCGCAGGACGAAGAAGAUGAUGUGGGCAACGAGGAUCAACAGACACAUGGUGACGAAAAAGUUCGUAUAUUAUCCGAUAUAAGCUUGCCAGCAAACAGUGCCAUAGCACAAUCGCAAGAGGAGCAAUUAUUACAGCAAGCCACCCAAGAGCAGGAGGUAAAGUUUGUUGGCGCAGAUGGCAAUGAGGUCGAGUUAACCGAAGAACAGCGCAAAGAGAUAUUGUCGCAGUUGAGCCAACAGCAGGCAGGAGCUGGAGCCGGUGGAGUUGUAAUGGUUCUUAGCGAACCCGACGGCGACACCAAACAGGACGGUGACGAUAAGUCCGCCACAGAAGAGGAAUAUGAUGACACUCAAAUUUACAGUGAGCUUGGCGGCGCAGCAUCGGCAGACGACAGCAAAAAGAGCGAAUUAAAUGAUAGUGCGCCUGAUGAGAGCAAGGAUACCAUCGACAAUUUGGAGUGGGCAGAAAAUCUUAUAUCCGAGCAGGAAAUGGAGGCGGAGCAGAGCAGCAAAGAACGUAAACCAGAAAACUGGCGUGACGACAUAAGUGAAAAGUUAAAGGAACUCACUGGUGAUUGGACCGAGGACGAAAAUGAAGAUGAUCCAAUGGAAGAGACGAGUCUAAACAAUGACAAGUCUGCCGCUGCUACAACAACAACAAAACAAGAUGAAAAGCCAGUAGAGAAAGAAGAAUUAGUAGAAGUAGAAGAAGAAACAAUCGCCGAAGACCCUCAACAAAAGAAUGCUGCCGAAGCUGAUGCUGCUGAUAUUGAAGAAACAGAACAGAUCAGUGCCGAAGUUCAAGCAGCAGUCGAAGCUGCAAUCUCCAUCGAAAGUACAAAUAAAGAAACGGAGGCUGGCCAGGAAAAGAUGGAUGUUGACAGUUUGAUAAAUACAACAACAGCUGCAGCGACAGGCAGUGAAAGGGCAGAAGAAGCCGUGGAUGAUGAUGAAGAUGUGAAAAAAUUACUGUGCAUUAAGAAGGAAAACGAAACUGAGGAGGAAUUCAUUGCAGAACCUAAAGUCAAAGCAGAUACCACAGCGUCAGUGGAAACAUCCUCGGUUAAAGCUGCUGCUGCAACCGAGGAUGAUGUGCAUUUGGAGGCUGAGAAUAUCAGAAAGGAGUUGCUCGAUGAACUGAUUGCUCAGGCCGAGAAAGCGGUUCCUGAUGAUGAUGAUGUGCCGCCCACGCAAUUAUUGCCAUCCGAUAAAAUAAAAAUAGAGAAGGCGGAGCAACAAAAGGCAGCAGAAGCAUCGUUAACACCCGAAGCGAAAUCAGUAGCAUCAUCAGUCGAGCAGCAGGCAACGCCAACAACAACAACAGCUGCAGAAACCGCCACGACAACAUUAGCUGAGGAGCAGGCCAACACAAGUGAAGCCGCCAACAGCAGAGAGCAAGAGGCCGUCGACAGCGCUGAUAAGGUAAAGAGUCUAAUUAGCGAAUGGGUAGACGAUGAGGACGAGAAUGGGGUGAGCGCUGCAGCGAAGGAAGAGCUAUAAUUACUAGAUUUAUUUAUGUUUUAAGUUCGUUUUCUAAUGCGAAAGCGAUUUCAAUUGUAAAAUGCUAAACUCCUUACGGGCAGCCCGAAAGCCGACCCCCAAACUGUCAAACUGGCUAACCGGACAUUUAGUUUGGAAUAUCUCUAAACACACCGGUCCCCAUAAUAUGGCAUUGAUGUAAACCAAAAAUAUUUCGGUUUCUAUUGUAUAUUAAAUUGUUUAAAUAUCACAUAUUAUAUACAUACAAACACAAUUAUAAACGCAAUAUGUAUUGUUCGUACAUAUGAGUCUAUAGAUGCACGUAUAUAUGAAUCUAUAGAUGCACCAGAUGUUGUGUAAAAUACCAGAUAAAAUCUACAAUUUACGUGGAGGCCCCUACCCCAAUUGUUGUUUUUUUCAUGCUAGCAACACGUACAGCAACAUACAAAUUCAUUGGCAAUUUAACUUUUUUCUUUCAUUACCAUAACUAAUGUUUAAUUAAGCUCGUUUAUACAUUAAUAUACAAAAUUACUUAUACAAAAAUGUGUAGGUGUAAAGAUGCUGUUUUAAAUUUGAAACAUAAAAAUGUACAUGUGUAUGCAAUUUUAUAGAUAUACCCAUAUACAUAAUAUCUAUUGAAUUAUUUAGUAAU